CUGAUCAACAGUCCUAGUGAUGUUAUGUACUUAAAACAGCCAAUGGGAUAUAUGGAGAUAAAACAUUUAUUUCAUAAUAAAUAUUUAGAAAACAUGAAAACGUACUUGGGUGUGAAGCCAUGAUAUGCUAAGUUUUUGGAAGCUUCUGACCAAAUGAGAAAGGAGAUCAACUGUUGGGUGGAAAGCCAGCCCAAAAGGGAAAAAUCCUGAAUCUCUUGCCUGAUUGUGUAGUGGAUUCUGUAACCAGAAUGGUUCUUGUGAAUGCCCUUUACUUUAAAGGGAUCUGGGAAUAUCAAUUCUUAGUCCAAGACACCACAGAGAAGCCUUUCAGAAUAAAUAAGGCCACAGCAAACCAAUACAAAUGAUAUUGAUGAAAGAAAAGCCUUCCAUUUUUCAAAUAGAAAAGUUGCAAGCCAUUGGCCUUCAACUCUGCUACAAGAGCCAUGACCUCAGCCUGCUCAUACUGUUGCCUGAAGAUAUCCAUGGGCUGGAUCAGCUGGAAAAGGCCGCCACCUGUGAGCAGCUGAAGGAGUGGACCAGCACAGACAUGAUGGAGCCGUAUGAUGUGAAGCUGCACCUUUCCAAGUUCAAGAUGGAAGAGACUUAUAAUCCCAAGUCAUCCUUGAGCAGCAUGAGGAUGAGUGAUGCCUUUUACCGGGGUAAGGCUGAUCUCUCAGGGAUGUCAGCAGAGAGACACCUGUUUUUGUCCAAUAUUUCCCACAAGUCUUUUGUGGAAAUAAAUAAACAAGGGACAGAGGUUGUAGCAGGUAUUGGGAGUGAAGUGGGUUUUCGAGUUAGACUCCCAUCCAUUGAAUUCAAUGCAGAUCACCCACUCCUCUUCUUUAUCAGGAACAACAAAACCAAUAGCAUUCUCUUCUAUGGGAGAUUCUGCUGCCCUUAAGCCUUCAUUUCUCUCAUCAAACAAGACCAUUUUAUGAUGAGAAAACUAUCAUAGGAUGGAAAAAGAGUUAUAAUAAAAACCAGUUUAUAGUCUAGAUCUUUUUCACAUUUGAAUAUUAGCAAAUAAAUCUUAAAAUAAUGCAUUCUAGUGAUAAUGUCAUAUCUUUACACCUAGAGAGAAUGGUGAAUUAU